GAUUGCGAUCGCGAUGAGGCUUCGGAACCAGCUCCAGUCAGUGUACAAGAUGGACCCGCUACGGAACGAGGAGGAGGUCCGGGUGAAGAUCAAAGACCUGAAUGAACACAUCGUUUGCUGCCUGUGUGCCGGCUACUUCGUGGAUGCCACCACCAUCACAGAGUGUCUCCACACCUUCUGCAAAAGUUGUAUUGUGAAGUACCUGCAGACCAGCAAGUACUGCCCCAUGUGCAACAUCAAGAUCCACGAGACGCAGCCGCUGCUCAACCUCAAGCUGGAUCGGGUCAUGCAGGACAUAGUGUAUAAGCUAGUACCAGGCUUGCAAGACAGUGAAGAGAAACGGAUUCGGGAAUUCUAUCAGUCCCGAGGCUUGGACAGAGUCACCCAGCCCAGUGGGGAAGAGCCAGCCCUGAGCAACCUUGGCCUCCCUUUCAGCAGUUUUGACCACUCUAAAGCCCACUAUUAUCGCUAUGAUGAGCAGCUGAGCCUAUGCCUGGAGCGGCUGAGUUCUGGCAAAGACAAGAAUAAAAAUGUCCUUCAGAACAAAUAUGUCCGAUGCUCUGUUAGAGCUGAGGUACGCCAUCUCCGGAGGGUUCUGUGUCACCGCCUAAUGCUAAAUCCACAACAUGUACAGCUCCUUUUUGACAAUGAGGUUCUCCCUGAUCACAUGACCAUGAAGCAGCUAUGGCUGUCCCGCUGGUUCGGCAAGCCAUCGCCUUUGCUUUUACAAUACAGUGUGAAAGAGAAGAGGAGGUAGGGGCCAGCCAGGCUUGCUUCCACCCCCUUCCCACCCCUCCCCAGAUAUUUAUGUGAAAUUAACUGUGGCUUUAUUUUUUGAAAUAAAAGCUUUUAAAAAGCA